AUCACCGCACGGUGGGGUAAGAGAGUUGGGCCUGCCUUUCAUGCUGAGAGCAAAUUGCGCCCAAGUGCGGUUCGAGCGACUGGAUGUGCAGUGCUGCGACUGCGAGCUGUCUCUCCCCUAGAUCGAAGAUGGCGGUGUCGGUAUUCCCCGGCGUGCGGCUCCUCUCUAUCGGGGACGCAAACGGCGACAUUCAGCGGCAUUCGGAGCAGCAACCGCUACGCCUGGAGGUGAAAACAACCCAGGACGCGGCCCUGAUAAACCUCUCCAACAAGGAGACCUGUGUGUUCAAAUGUUCAGUCUCUCAGGACACAGAAUGCAGCCGCGUGGGCAAGCAGUCCUUCAUCGUCACCCUGGGGUGCAACAGCGUGCUUCUGCAGUUCCCAUCUGCAACAGAGUUCUCCUCCUUCUACAACCUCCUGCAGAACUGCCGAGGGCACAGAGGGGAGCAGUCGGUCUUCAGCGAACGCACGGAGGAGUCCUCCGCCGUGCAGUAUUUCCAGUUCUAUGGCUACCUCUCCCAGCAACAGAACAUGAUGCAGGACUAUGUUAGAACCGGAACUUACCAGCGGGCCAUUCUUCAGAACCACACAGACUUCAAGGACAAGGUGGUGUUGGAUGUGGGCUGCGGGUCGGGGAUUUUGUCCUUCUUUGCCGCCCAGGCUGGAGCCAGGAAGGUGUAUGCGGUGGAAGCCAGCACCAUGGCUCAACAUGCAGAGGUGUUGGUGAACAGCAACCGUCUGGGCGACCGGGUGGUGGUGAUCCCGGGGAAGGUGGAGGAGGUGACCCUGCCGGAGCAGGUGGACGUCAUCAUCUCCGAGCCCAUGGGCUACAUGCUCUUCAACGAGCGCAUGCUGGAGAGCUACCUGCACGCCAAGAAGUUCCUCAAGAACACCGGCAAAAUGUUCCCGACCAUCGGAGACGUCCAUCUGGCUCCCUUCACAGACGAGCAGCUCUACAUGGAGCAGUUCACCAAAGCCAACUUCUGGUACCAGCAGUCGUUCCAUGGUGUGGAUCUCUCUGCCCUGAGAGGAGCCGCUGUGGACGAGUACUUCCGCCAGCCCAUCGUGGAUACCUUCGACAUAAGGAUACUCAUGGCGAAGUCUGUCAAGUACACGGUCAAUUUCCUGGAGACUAAAGAGGAAGACCUAUACAAGAUUGAGAUCCCCUUCAAGUUCCACAUGCUUCACUCGGGCCUGGUGCACGGGCUGGCCUUCUGGUUCGACGUGGCCUUCAUGGGAUCCGUGAGUACAGUGUGGUUGUCUACCGCCCCCACUGAGCCCCUGACCCACUGGUAUCAGGUGCGCUGCCUGCUGCAGUCUCCGCUCUUCGCCAAGGCCGGGGACACCAUGUCAGGCACCGCCAUUCUCAUGGCCAACAAGAGGCAAAGCUACGACAUCAACAUUGUGGCCCAGGUGGACCAGACGGGCUCUAAGUCCAGCAACCAGCUGGACCUGAAGAACCCCUUCUUCCGGUACACAGGCACCACCCCGGCCCCUCCCCCGGGCUCACACUACACCUCCCCCUCUGAGAACAUGUGGAACUCUGGGGGAGCCUACAGCGUCAGCCAGGGCAUGGCUGCGUCUGGGAUGCCUGCAGCCUAUGACCUGAGCACUGUUAUUGGCAGUGGCUCCACCGUGUCUCACAACAACCUCAUCCCUCUCGUGAAUACUGGCAUUGUGAACCACACACACUCCCGAAUGGGCUCCAUCAUGAGUACAGGAAUAGUUCAGGGAGCCUACACCGGGCAGCAGGGCCCCAGCAGUAGCAGCUCCUACUACCCGAUAACCAACCAGUUCACCAUGGGCGGCCCAGCCAUCUCCAUGGCCUCCCCCAUGGCCAUCCCUAGCAACACCAUGCACUAUGGGAGCUAAGGGCCUAUGGUUCCAUCCCAAGAGGACCCACCCUACCCACAUGUACAACGCCACGCCAGGCCACGCCACCACAACCACCACAGCUGCUGCGUGUCAAGCCUCCUCCCAAAAAAACCAACCCCAGCCAGGCAAAACCUGAACGAAAACCAAAACCAGUCCCGCCAUCUUUUGUGCACCAUCAUCUUCUAUCUAUCUAUCUAUCUCUGUCUUUUUCUCUAUUUCCUCAAGUGUCUUUCGCUCUUCCUUUCUUUCUUUCUCUCUGUCUCUCUCUCUGCCUUUUUUGUCUUUCCUUUGUUUCUUUCUUUCUGGUUUUGUCACAUAUCCGUCCUCUCCUACAGUGGCAGGGAUUGAAAGUGGACUGCUGCUGCUUUUGCCGUCAUCACUCCUCUUCCUCUUCCAUCCCUCCCUUCCUACUCCUCCUCCUCAUCCGCCUCAUCCUGCUACAGCUGCUAAAGUUUAAAAAAAAAAAAAAAGAUUUAUUCCCAGUCCAGCCACAGGGUGGCAGCGCUGAUGAGCACAAAACUGGACAAGAGACUUCAGAGGAGGCCAGGAUGUAAAUGAAGCAGACUGGAGCGUCAGACGGGCCCCAUCCUCCUCUCUUCUCUAAAGAUAUGAGAGAUAUGUGAUGCAGCAUAGACACUCACACACACUCAUUAACACACACACACGAACAUGGAAAUGAAAGUAGAUAAGAAAUCCAAAAGAAAAUCACGCACACAAAUACUUAGACUGUUGUAAGGAUGACUCCAAGGACACAGACAGCUGUCGCGAAGACUGAACUGUUCUCUUCUGGCCAUGGGGAAUGGAUUGUCUGGGUGGGAGCCCUUGGUCUCCGCACGCCUUGUCGUUGUUGCAGCUGGCCAGCCUUCUCUCUGAACUUCUAUCUCCAUCUCUCUCUUUCUUUCUCUCUCUUUGCUGGUCUGUUAUGUGAGCUGGUCCACAAUAAGCACCAUGAUCUCACCGUCGUCUUCUUCAGAGCCUGCUUCACUACACCUUUUGCUAGAUUCUGACAGCCAUGAUCUUGGCUGAGGGUCCUCUGAAACGCAUGUACUCUAGUUCAAUAUCAGUCCGCAGAUAGCCGGUUGCCUUCUGACACUUCUCAUCCACUCGUCUUAGGGAGGAGAAAAGCAAGACAGAAAAAAAACGACUUGUCGGUCACAUGGUCUGCUGUCAUUUCCACUUCAAGACCUGUUUGUUCGUUUGUUUAUACAGUAGUGUAGUCGUUAUAGUUGUGUAUGUCGACUUACUGUUCUGAAAUGGAGAGACUGCAAGAUCAUGAGAACAGCCGUUCACCCAUCCACCCCCACCCUCUUCAACCUAAACCAAACAAAUAUUCUGUACCCUGGACACUUCUUUUUUCCAAUUGUGGUUCUUCAGAACAUUUCUCCCCCAGAUUACACAGCUGGUGGAAUUGGAUUUGAGCUGAAAUGGACAUAUUAUGGAUGUAAAGGUGGGGGUGCAUAGCGUGUGGGAUUAGGUGAUGGAGAAACAGGACAUGAGAAUUAUAGAGCACUUGACCAACACAUACAUUUGGGACACUUUGCAUCAGGCAGGGAGAGGAAGGCAUGGAGUGGAACCUGUGUUUACAACCCCAUGCUGUCCCACCUUGACACCCCCCCCCCCAUUUCUGAUUAUUUUGUGGCAUCAACUUGGGGAGAUGGUUACACUCCCACCACAUGCAUCUGUUUCUCUCAAAACUGUACUGUCAGGUCUGACAAACGCCCAACCCAGCCCAGCCCAGCCCCUCUCCAUGACUAUAUGGAAACCCUCCUGAAGACAUCUGAAUUGUGUGUGCAUUGCUUCCAGUCACAUUUUUAAGUUAAUUUUUUAUUUUAGCACCUUUUUUUGUCGAGGUAAACAAAAACAAAAAAAGCAGUAAUGUCUGUUGGUUUGUAGAAAUUAACUUUUUUUUGUUUGGUUUAUUUUGUUUCCUGUUUGUUUUUCUUUCACUCAGUGACAAGAAAAAAAAAGAAAAGAAAGAAAAGCAAAACGAGCCAAUUAAACAUUAUGGGAGAAAUUCCAAACACAGUCCACGUGGUCUUCUAA